AUGACAGAUAUAAAAAAAAGAGAAUUUGAAAACGUUGAUUCACUUUCAAACUAUAACGAAGCUGAUUCAUCAAAGAGACUAAAAACCGAAAGUGAUGAAAUUGAUAGAUCAAUCGAACCCAGUCCAGUAGUGCACUGCAGAGGUUUACCAAUCACAAUAACAGAGAGCGAUCUUCAUUCUUUAUUAUCACCUUUUGGAAAAAUUCAAGCUGUAUGCAUGCUAAGAAUGGGCCAAGCAUUAAUCGAAAUGGAUUCAGUUCAAUCAUCAUCAAAUAUCAUUAACCGUUCUAUAACAAAACCAUUCUUACUUAAUAAUCAAAAAAUUUUAUUUUCAUAUUCUAAAAGUCAACAUUUAAAUAAUGUAAAGAAAAAUCAACCAAUGGUCCCAGGUGGCUCAAAUCAAAAUAUUAUAUUGUGUACAAUUUUAAAUCCAUUUUAUCCAAUCACAACCAAUACAUUACACACUAUAAUGUCACCAUAUGGCAGAGUACUAAGAAUUGUAAUUUUCCAAAAGAAAAGCGGUUUACAAGCUUUUGUAGAAUUCGAUUCACCAUAUUCAGCAAAUACAGCCAAAGAAACAUUAAAUGGUUAUAAUAUUUAUACAGAAUGUUGUAAAUUACAAAUUGAAUUUGCACGUGUUUCAAAAUUAAAUGUAAAACAAAAUGAUGAGAAAACAGCAGAUUAUACAACACCAGAUUUCUACAGCCAACAAUUGAUUCAAUCACCACAAGGUAUGCAAAUGUACCACCAUGCAGCCGGUAGUAAUCCAUUUGGAGCUAGCCAUGGUGCUGGUUUUAUAAAUGGCGGUGGACCACAACAAUAUGGUGGGGCUCCAUAUAUGUAUCCAGCAGUUGGUAACCCUGAAUCAGUAAACCAGCCUGUAAUUUCAGUUAGUAAAAUCCCAGAAGAUAUUGAUACCGAUAAAUUAUUCAAUCUAUUUUGUCUCUAUGGUAAUGUAAUCAAGAUUAAAAUGCUUCACAACUCCAAAGGUAGUGCUAUGGUUCAAAUGGGCGAUAGUAUUCAAGCUGAAAUUGCUGUUCAAUGUCUAAAUCAUUCUUUUAUUUAUGGCCAAAAAAUAAAUUGUUACCACACCAAGCAUCCUUUCAUUGUAGACUCUGAAAAAACCAAAGAUUACUCUAAAUCAACUUUAAAUAGAUUUUUAAACAGCCAACCAUAUGGGAAAAAUGCUUAUAAGCCAUCAAGCACUUUACACUUUUUAAAUGUUCCACUUCAUUACUCUGAAAAACAAUUAUCAGAUGUCUUUGCUAAAAAUGGUACUCACUAUCCAAUUCACGUUAAAUUCUUCCCAACCAAACCUGAAAGUACAAAACAUUUAGGUUUAUUAGAGUUCCAAGAUACAAGAUCGGCUACUGAGGCUUUAAUGGAUUUAAAUAACUAUAAGGUCGAAGGAAAUCCAUUAAAAUUGUCUUUUACUAUGAAUACUAUUCAUAAAACUGAUGCUAAAUAA